CUCCUCGCCCAUGCCCGCAAACGGCACCUGCGAGCGCAGCGCCAGCGAACCGGUCAAAGUCUAGGCCGCCCGGACGCCGAUACGUCCAGGACGCGAUUUUCAAAUCCCAUACCACCACCAUGACCCCCAUACGGAACUAUCUUCUCCAUCCACGCCCCGAUCCCCUCCUCCAUAGUCUAACUCGCCCCAGCCAUCGGCCCGCUGCCGUCACCCUUGCGCGAAAGAUUCCAACAGCAACAACAGCAAUAGCUCCAUUCUCCCUCUCUGCCCACACCUCCGCUUUCCGAAAGACAACGGACACAUCUGCAAGAAACGUCCCCCCAGAUAACGACAGCAGCAGCGGUGAUGCGGGCCAGCCGCAGCACUGGAAGUACGAUCUCAGUUUUAAGACGCAGAUAGGCAAAGCCGCGCUGUUUACUGUUCUUGGUAUGGCGGGGGCGGUGGAGGGGUGGACGUGGUAUCGGGAGACUCGGCGGUGGUGGAGGGGGGUGGGUGAUGGUGAUGAUGGGGAGGAGAUUUAGGUGGUACUGCUCCUGGCCGUAGUGGUUGGUGGCUAGGCCGAGAUGGCGACAGAGGAAUGGACCUCGAGUGAUGACUUGGUCAGUUAUAUUGGCUAUUUAGGCCUGUCGGCGGGGCACUGAAAAUAGCGAGAUCACAUCUCCAGAUAGCAUCGCUCGAUUCACCAUGAGAGUACGUUCAUUUAUCACGCAAAGACGCGACUUUAGCUUGCUUGGCUUAGAGUGGGUUUAAUAUUCCCAUCCGCAACCAU